CACACUCAUUUAUAUAUAUAAUCACCAUACAACGCACACAAUGUAACCUACUCAUCUACUGGUUGUUAUUUUUAGAUUUCAAUUAGAAAUAUUUUUCUGUCUAAUGAAAGAACACAUCAUAAUUGAAGUCAUUUCAUAAAAAGGCAUGAAAAUAUCUUGAUACAAUUACUAUUCCAAAACAACAACAACAAACAAACAAACAAACAAACAAAACGAAAUCGAAUUUCUCUUUUCUUUUUACAAAUAUUGAAACAAAGAAUGAUUAUCAACUGAUUGGAUUUACAUCUUUAUUAGUAAACAAAAAAAAAUUUGAAAAUUUAUCAAGUUCAAACAAAAUUAACAAUAGUAGAUCAAUAAUAAUAAUAAUAAUCUUCCUUUUCUUCUUCGUUGUCUUCUUCUUCUUCAAAAUAUUGAUGAAAAACAAAUAGUGACUUAGUAACUAUUUUGUUUCCUGAUUACAUUUAUACCAGUGAUAUAUGAAUAAAUUCAAUAGGAAACUAAUAAUUUUUUUUUCUAUUUUUUUCAAGUUAUCAACUAUAAUGAAUAAUACAAGUUUGCAUUUAUUUAAUAAUAAAUAACCUUUUAUUGUUUUCUUAUUUAUCAGUAAUAAUCAUGCAAUUAGUUAAAUGUAUCCAAAAUAUCUAUAAACAACAAUAAUACAUCUACCAUAUAAUGUUUAUAUCAAAUUGGAUAUUAUCGGUAUUAUUGUAUUUAUAUAUUAUAAGUGAAUUAUAUUACAACGGAAUUCAUAGCUUUGAAGUAGGUAAAAAAGUAUUUGGCUAUUACCGAAUCGAAAACAGACAACACAAAAGAUCUUUGUAUGACACAGAUACUUAUCAAAUAGAUUUUAAACCAGAGUUGAAAGCGAAUCAUGGUCAGAAUUUUACUCAAAUUACAUGUCGUAUAAAUCAUCCGAAACCUGACGCAGAAGUCUACUUGACAUGUCCUGCCUUGGGAGAAAGUACGACGGAUGGGAAUUGUUACCAAGGUUGUCAACCGACCAAUCCUUGCACGCAAUCAACACAGUAUCAGGCUGGAUGUGUACCUCAUGACCAAACAGUAUUUUGUCAGAAAAUUGAAUUUCCGAAUGGUACUGUUGUAUUGAAUUUAAACGUGGAUCGAACUGACAAACGACUGGCAGGUUUAUGGUCUUGUACACAUGCUGGUCUGGAAAGUACCAAGUUUGAGAUAGAAUUAAAAAGUUAUCCAAUUAUGAAUGAAAUUAAUCCACUUUCAAAACCGUUAGUAAAACAUGAGAAACAUGACUCAGAUGCAAAGAUUUUACGAAACACACACUCUAAUCAAAAUAAUUUGGUCAACAAUCAACCACCAUCUUAUAUGAGAAAACCGGAAGUAUUAUUUACUAUACUGUCGAUUUUGGUUUUAUCAAUUCUCAUCAAUUUGGGAUUCUGCAUUCGAUGUUUACUAUUUCGUUCUUAUAUCGAUGCAUCACAAGAAGGAUCAAGUAAGACAAGUUGCCUAGCUGCUUGUCUUUGUCUACCUGAUGAAAUGAAGAAGGGUUCACUAAUUAUGACGACACCAAUUCUACCUCGAGCAACUAUGACUCCGUAUAUGAACCAUGUUAGAAUAAAUGGCUCAGAUCAUGGAGUGCUUAAUUCGUCAUACAGCUUAUCUGCUAUACAAAAAAUCCCUCUACUCUACAAUGGUACAUCAUAUAAGGAGAAUUCGCCUACAAACUACAUUCCGACAAAUUCAUUACCAGGUACUUUCAGAAAAAAUGGAAUGCAAAACCUAAGAAACAAUAGCAUACCACAACAACAAUUUGGCGGAUUAAUGCAACCUCCAACUUUAGAUAUGGAAAAUACCAAUCUAACAUUUCCUAUGAUUGAUGACACAAAUAAGUUUGUUAGCUUCACACCAACAUACUUUCGAGCUCCAUCACUUAAUACUCCUUCACCAAAUCUUAAUCGUGAUGUGGUGAACAAUUAUGGAUACUCACCACAGACUCCGGUACGUCAUUUUGGACAAGGUGAAAUUCACUCGUUCCCACAGUAUUUAAUACGAAUGCAGCAUCCGCAUGUCAUAUACGACGAUGUUGCUGGAGGGACAUCAAGUAUUGUGGGAUCAUUGGGUCAUAGCCCAAAUGGCAGUGUUAUAGACACUACAAGUUUGCAAACUCACUUAGCUCAACUUCAAAAUAUCAAUGUAGCGAGACAAAAUAACAUAUUACAACCAACUAAUUCAAGUUUCUCUAAUCUCAUGAAUCUAUCCCCGGACUCUAAUGUUCAAGGUCAUUACAUAUCACUCCAACCCUCAAUAAGUCAUAAAUUAGCAGAUGAUAAGACUACAGCUUCUGUUACUAUAUCAGUUCCAGUAUCAGUUUCUACAUCAACUUCAUCUAAUUACUCAGGUCAAAUGCAGUCUGAUACGUCUGUCGUCCCAAUUCUUUCCUCGUCAACAACUGGAAGUUCUACUAAUUCGCAACAAACAUUAACAUUACAAAAUUCAAAUAACCAGGUUACCAAAGGUACAGAGCAAUUGAAAAUGACCCAAGCUGACAUAUUAAAUUCUAAUAUAUCAAAUAUAAAUCCACCUUCGACAUCUUUCCCAUCACUUAGUUGACUUGUGGCAAAUACGGCAAACAACUGAUUCUUACUCAAUUGGAUUUAACAAUAUCUGAAACAUGAAAAGCAACCACUCAUAUUUAGUGAUAUUGAGAAAUUUUCUGUACAAUACGAGCUAGAUAUCAGAGAAUGAUAUAUAUAUAUAUAUAUAUAUAUAUAUAUAUAUAUAUAUAUAUCACAUUGUUAAAUCUUUGCAUAUAAUUAUUGUUAUUUAAAUGAGGAUCCACGAUUGUUGUCGUCAGUGUUAUACAACCACGAUUUGCAGAAUUCUUUUUAAGUAGACCUUAGAAACAUGUUUAUUGACACUAAUAUGUAUACACCAAUGAACCAUAUUUAAAAAUGGUAAGAAAAGACAUUGAUCUCUGUCCUUCUCAUACUCAAGGUAGCAUUAUUCAACAGCGUACAUAACGUAUAUGGUUUUCUGGUGGAGAAAAUACACGACGUUCAUGAAUUGGUCUGGUGGUUAGAGUGGCAGUUGGGUUGACGGUUUGAAAUCUGCUGCUUAUAUUUCACAUAAAAGGGUGAAUGAGUAGAGGUGAUGCAAAAGUUAGGUCAAGGGUUUAUUGCUAUCACUUAUUUAAUACAGGAAGUUUGGAUGGAUCGUGUUUAUGUAAAUGUAAUCCUCCACGUGUGGUAUUUGUGACAUAUUUACUGGCGUUUAAGAAUAAACUCAUAACUUAAAACUAAUGUAGGACUGUAAACGGAUAAUACACUAAAUGAAUUCAGCAAUAAAUGCCUUUCACUGCAAUAUAACACUAAAUGAUGUUGGGUAUUCAGUCUAAGCAAAUAUCAUAAACUACCGGAUUUUUACUUGUUUUAUCAAUGUCAAGUUAUUUAUGAACCUUACAUUGGCUGAAAUACUUGGUCGACAAAGUAUUGAGGGAUGGAAUACAAUUUACUACUAAUGCUACGAGCCGAUUAAAUGUGUAUUUGUAUUAUUUUGUAAGUGGAAAAUGAAUUUUCAGUUAAAGUGUUCAGUGGACAUAGGCAUCAGUUUUAAGAGCUUUUGAAAGGCUGUUUCGUGGUCUUGAAAACAUACAAAUAAGUACGUCAUUAGUCUAACUUUCGCAUUAUGGCUAUGCUCAGACUUGACUUAAUGAAAUGUAUCUCUGAGAAAUAUUCUUUACGUACAAGAAUAAACUUGCUUAUGAAAAAUGUUAAAAACUUAGGGAACAAAACGGAUAUGAAUUACUAAACUAUUAAUAAGUUAAAUUAUCUCAAGUUUACUUGUUUCCCUACUUUGAUUGCCUAUAAUGUUCAUAGAAGUUGUAAUCUACAUAGGUUCACUACAGUAGAGGAUUUUAUACUUGCUGAUCAAUCAUUCUUGAAAAUCAAACAAAAUUUCCUUUCUGAACUCAGUAUUUUCAGAAGCAAAAACAUGAAGACUACUGCAAACUCAGUUUAGCUUAAAGUUAGCUUACAUUCAUGUCGAAUAUUAUAAUUCAAGAGUAACAACAUUAGUUGUUGUAUCCCCUGGCGAAUUAU